AUGGUCUUUGCGCGCCGUUCAAUCUUCCGCGCUGCGACUGCAGCUCAGUCCUUCCGUGCCGCUCCCGUGGCCCGCCAGUCUGCCCAGCUCCUCGGUCGACGAUUCAAGUCUACUAGCGGCAGCUAUCAGCAUGGGCAUAAAUCCAGUGACUUGCCUUGGUUGGCGGCCUCUACUGCUGUGACCGUUCCAAUGGUCUUUUACCUCUGGCCUUCCGGUUCGGAGGGACACCACGACGCCCACGGGGACGAACAUAAGGACGAGCACGCGAAGGAGGACGGCGAGGUAGAGGAGACUUCUGAGGAGAAGCCUGCUGAGGAUUCCUCUGAGGCGGCGUCUAAGAAGGAGGAGAAGACGGACUCGGAGGAUAAGGGCGAGGAGAAGAACAAGGAAGAACCUGAGGAGAAGAAGGAAGAACCCGAGGAGAAGAAGGAAGAACCUGAGGAGAAGAAGGAAGAGCCUAAGGAGGAGAAGCCUAAGGAUGAUGAUUCUAAGGAAGACAAGGACGACAAGAAAGAUGAUUCUAAGGAGGAAUAA